AUGCUACCCGUGUCAUCCCUGUUUCUGAGUCUUCUGGUGCUGACUUUCGGUCAGCGAUCGCGGUUCCCAGGCGGAAGAUCCAAUACGAUCAAUCCACGCUCCAUCCCUAGCAUUUCGGACCGGAGCGAGAUCACUCGAACUGCCUCGGGCCUACCCCGACCUCGGUCCGUACGCACGAGCUCCCUCCCCCAAGAAGAGCUCAAUAGGAUCGCAACGGAGGUUAGAAGCCUGGUCGAAAGGGUGUUAGUGACGCCCCGCAAUUCCCGUCGCCCUAACUUUCCGUUCGGACCCCAGCUUAUAUCUUCAAGGCAAGCCCAACAGAUCGGCCGUUCCGGAAUGAUGUUCCUGGAGGCGUCUAAGCGUGUCAGAACUGGGCGGAGCGGCUCUCUGCCGGAACUAGGCGGAAAUAUUGGCAAUUCUUUGGACUGCCCUUUCUUAACGCCAGUCACGUGUGACGCAGAAGCCAAGUACAGGACCAUCACGGGCGUCUGUAACAACCUGCAGAACCCGCGCUGGGGAAGUGCCCUGACGCCAUUCGAGAGAAGCGCGCCUUCUGCCUACAAUGACAGUUUGUCCGAACCCCGUUCCCGUAGCGCCUUGUCCGGUAACCUCCCAUUUCCCCGGGUUGUCAGUACUUCGAUGCACGAAGCUAGCGAUGUCGGGUCAUUGGACGUAAGGUUCACCCACAUUACCAUGGAGUUUGGUCAGUUCGUCAGCCAUGACAUCGAGAGGUUCGCCCCUAUUCUAAGCCCCCGAGAACAGUUGAAUCAAGAAUCGGCUUAUCUUGACGGUUCGGCGGUGUACGGAAGUACGGAGGAGCUGGCUGGAGAGCUGAGGACUGGAAGUGGAGGUCUCCUGAAAACCACGAACAGCCCAGACGGAGAGUUGCUCCUUCAGGAUUUUGAGCUAGAGAGUCCCGAAUGUCGGAGUCAGAUCAAACGCAGGUGCUUCAGGGCCGGUGACCCCCGAGUGAACCAGCAGCCUGCCCUCAUGAGCAUGCACACACUCUGGCUAAGAGAACAUAAUCGGGUGGCCCGCCAGUUGAGCCAACUCAACCCGACAUGGGGCGACGAGAAACUGUACCAAGAGGCCCGCAGAAUCGUCUCCGCCGAGUUCCAGCACGUGGUCUACGACGAGUUCCUGCCCGUCAUCUUCGGUACCCAAGUGGCCCAGGCUUUCGACUUCCCCGCCAGGACAUCCGGCUACAACAGCGAUUACCAACCCACGUUCAACGCCCAGAUCCGAGCAGCGUUCUCCGCCGCCGGUUACCGAUUCGGCCACAGUUUGGUACAGACCUUCUUUGCAGACAAUCUAAGGUUCCGAGACCACUUCCUCCGUCCUGACACGCUUUACGACCCCUCAAAAGGACCUAGCUUCGUCUUGGAGAACCUGGUCAGCAACAAGCAGCAGAAAUGUGACCGCCUGAUCAGUGAGCAGCUUACCAACACCCUGUUCGAACAGGUGCCGGGAGGUGGGAUCGAUCUGGCAGCCACCAACAUCCAGAGAGGGCGUGAUUUCGGUAUCCCAUCCUACAACCUGUUCCGCGUUCUGUGUGGUCUCAGACCGGCGACUCAUUUCGGAACGGGACGCGGGGGCCUGGUGGACCACACUUCUGAAGCAGCCAGCAUUCUGAGUUCCACUUACCGUCACGUGGACGACAUUGACCUAUGGACAGGCGCCGUGUCGGAGAGGGUGAUCACCGGUGCCGUGGUGGGCCCUACAAUCGCCUGCGUAGUCGGUAGACAGUUCUUCCUCCUUAAAAAGGGCGACAGAUUCUUCUACGAGAACGACGACGAAAACGCCAGGUUCCCACUGGACCAGCUGGACGAGAUCCGGAAAACGUCUCUGGCCCGAAUCAUCUGUGAUAACACCAAAUUAACAAGCAUCCAACGACAAGUCUUCCGUUAUGCUGACAACGGAUCGUAA